AUGUUCUCUUACUGGAGUUUUUACUAUAACAGAUCGAUUUGCUCUUACAUAAAAAGCGUUGUGUCAAUAAUUCUAAUGUGCAGUUUGUUUUUGCAUUCGGUAAACGCUGGAGGCGAAGUGGUGUGGGCCGUGAACUGUGGUGGGGACGAACACACGGAUAGCCAGGGCAUUCACUACCAGGCGGAUCCGCUAGAUGUUGGGCAGAGUUCAGAUUUCGGUCGCAAUAUGUACAUCCAGAGAGUAGGGCCGCAGGAUCAGCUUUUAUACCAGACUGAGAGAUAUCACGUCAACACUUUUGGUUAUGAGUUACCCGUCUAUAAAGAUGGCGAUUAUGUUUUAGUUCUAAAGUUCAGUGAGGUAUGGUUUGCAGCACCGAAUCAGAAGGUUUUCGAUGUAGUGUUAAACGGUGAGCAUACCAUUGUCAGCGAACUAGACAUAUUUUCAAGGGUCGGUAGAGGAGUGGCCCAUGAUGAAAUCAUUCCUUUCUCAAUUCGAGGUGGCAAACUUCAUGUAAAUGAUGAGACAUCGCAGAUUGAUGGAAAUAAAAUCUUACUGGAAUUCAUUAAGGGAGAUCUAGACAACCCAAAGGUGAAUGCUAUUUAUGUAAUUAAAGGCACAGUUGAUGAUGUACCGAAGCUGCCCCCCAUCCCCAACCCUGACCAAGCAGAUCAUGAUGUUGUUGAUGAAGACGAGGAUGCUGGUGAUGAUGAGGGGUCCCAGCCAAAAAAGGCCCCGCGCAAACCUUCAGGCCCUAAAGUGAGAGAUCCUUAUGCAGCUGAAGAUACAAGCACCAUGUUGCUUCCAGUUUUUAUAGCCAUAGGAGCAUUCAUUCCUUUAGUUUAUUGUUUAUGUAAAUUGCAGUAA